AUGUCCACCGAAGUCCACGACCCGCCCGGCAGCAAGCGAUCCAACUCCAGGACGCGUCCUACAACACCACUGCGUCCACCAUCUCGCUCCUCGUUUCGCGGAUCUGCUCGCAGGGCUGUCAACGGCAGCAUCACAUGCCCUCUCAACGACUUGGAGCCAGCCUUUGCCGAAUUCUCCGACGCCAUGGCCGACCUCGAGGCCAACAUGAUGCACUUCCAACUCAUACACGAGAGUCUCGCCAGAUUCGGCGAAUCGUUUGCUAGCUUCCUUUACGGCCUCAACAUGAAUGCAUUCUGCGUUGAUUUCCCGGAGGGCCCUGUAGCCGAGUCCUUUCGCAGAGAUCGGCUUUCCGACGAGGCACAACAUAACACGGCGACACGUUCGGACAGCGAGGCCGAAGCCACCUUCAUGACGACUGAUACAUCCUUUGUCGACACUCCGCCCGCACCGACGAGGCCCACCGUCUCGAGCGGCGCGCAGGAAACCCGACAAUCCCGUCUGCCCUUUGCCCGUGGGUCGUCUACUAGAGGUAGAAUCAGAAAGGCCAGCGACCGUGGCCAUUCAAGCGGACUAGUCAGACCCCGUGUUCGUGGCGUGCGGUGA